AUCACAUAAAAAUAUCCUCAUCCCACGCCCCGAAAUAAUCUCGUAAUUUUGUGAAAAAGCAGGGCGGUUUCAUAAGCGACCACAAGGUUACCUUUUUCUUUUUCAACUCUCUCUUCCCUUCCAAUUCCAUCCAUCUCUUCUCAUUAUCGAGGGUUUGGAGAGAGAGAAAGAGAGGGGGAGGAGAGAAAGAGAGAGAGAGUUAUCCAUUCGAAGAUGAGGAAGAGGUGCGAGCUGUGCAAGUCGACGGCCACGAUUCUCUGCGAUUCAGAUCAGGCAGGCUUGUGCUGGGACUGCGACGCCAAGGUUCACUCGGCCAACUUCCUCGUCGCGAAGCACUCCAGGACUCUGCUGUGCCACGUCUGCCAGUCGCCGACACCCUGGAACGCCUCCGGUUAUGAACUCUGCAAGACGGUGUCGGUUUGCCGGGCUUGCCUCGACGGUUGUAAGCCGGUGGUAGAGAGCGAAGCCGACGCAGUCGAAAUCGAUAUAGAAGACGGAGAAUGCGACGAGUUGUACGAUCAGGACGACGAAGACGAAGUGGAUCGAGAUGAUGAUGACGACGAUGAGGUGGUGGAGGAGGAGGAGGAGGAGGGAGAGAAUCAGGUGGUGCCGAGGUCGGCGAGUUUGGCGAGCAGUGAAGAAGAGUCGUCCAGUGUCAUGAGGUCAUGUAACGGCGAUGAUGGAGCGGUUUCGUUGAAGCUAUUGCGUGAAAAGUCCGUCACCGGGGAUCUUCACUCUAACGAUGAUCUCCGCCCCCGUUCAUCUUCUCGCCGGGAAAACAGUUCGCUGCCGCCAGCUUCUCUCACCAAACGUCAGAAAACUGGCUUCACUUCCUGCGCCGACUGAUUCUGAACCUAUCAUCCUACAUUAGCUUCGUUUUUCUAACAAACAACGCAAUUUCUAGGAUUCGUUAUCUAUGAAUCGUCCUAGUUUUUGUAUAUUAGGUACUUUUAAUACUAUGGUUUUUUGGUUAAUUGAAAUCAAUUUUUCAAUGUUUUACUUCGAAUUUGGACUCAAUAAUCAAGCACAUAUUGGUGCCAUUUAUGUUUGUUUUUCA